UCUGAGAGCUCACUCUGUUCGCCUUCCAAAACCUCUGAUUUUUCCAAAAACCCUAACCUAAUCUCCGUCGUCUUCUCUAUAACCAAAACUGGUCGAAAGAGAUCAAAUCCUGUUCGAAUCCGCUACUAUGAGGAAUCUGUGCUUGCGUUUGCUCCUCAGCCACUCCCGCCGACAAUCCGAGCCGCACAUUUUUCAGGUACACCAAGUUCGCUCCUUCGCAUCCACAUUUCUCCACCACCGUGCACCUCACGCGCUUACCUCAAUUCGUCGUUUGUGUGCAUCGCCUGAGCUCGACGUCGAGCCGUCGAAACCCCUGUCUGAUCCAGGGGUCAAUUUAGUUGAUUAUUUUGGUAAAGAUGGAAAGUCUAAUGUCGAGAUUAAGCAGGAUUUAGAUGCGAAGAACGUUUUCAUUGAUCAUGAUGUGAUUUUGAGUCUUCUUAGAAAUGCUAAUACCUCCCCUGAUGUUGCCAAACGUAUAUUUGAUUGGGCUUUGGAGAAUCAUAGCCAGAAAUUGAGCUCAAAGUCUUAUAAUUUGAUGCUCGGGAUUUUAGGCAGCAAUGGAUUUGUUACUGAAACAUGGGAUCUAAUUGAGAGUAUGAAAAAGAAGGGUUACGGAGUGUCGAAGGGCACAUACGAUAAAAUUUUCGAAAGGUUUCAGAAUGAUGGGCUGUCUGAGGAUAUUGAGAAACUGAAGGAUUUGUAUGCUUCUGGGUCAGCUAGUUGCAAGAAAAGUAGUGAAACUGUAGAGAAUAAAACAGAAGACAAAAUUGUUAGAAUUAGUGAAAUGAUUCUUAGUGAAGUUUGGGGCGACGAUUUAGAAAGACGAUUGCGUGGUUUGGGUGUGAAGUUUACAGGUGAUCUAGUCGUUGCUGUGUUGAAGGGUCUUGAAAUGGAUCCCAACAAAGCACUGAUCUUCUUCAGGUGGGUUCAGGAGAGUGAUUUGUUUAAGCACAAUCAGCAAACAUAUGACGUGAUGGCUAGAGUGUUGGGUAAAGAGGAUCAUGGUAAAAAAUUUUGGAGAAUCGUAGAUGAAAUGAGGAGUCGGGGUUAUGAGAUGGAAGGACAUACGUAUUUAAACAUUUCACUGCAGUUUGUCAAGAAUAGAAUGUUGAAAGAAGCUGUUGAUUUGUAUGAGUUUGCUAUGUUUGGUGAGAACAAGCCUACAGCUCGGCACUGCACUUUACUUUUGAAGAAAGUAGUUGUUAGCAAGGAACUGGAUAUGGAUUUGUUUUCCAAAGUUGUGAGCAUCUUUAAAGCUAACGGAAAUGAAUUGACUGAUUCUCACUUGAAAUCCAUUAUCAAAUCUUUAAUUAGCGUUGGGAGGAUGCCAGAGUGCAAUAAGAUAUUGGCAGCAAUGAAGGAGGCUGGUUAUGAACCAAGUGUUCCACUAAAAAGUAAGAUUGCUUUCCUCCUAGGCAACGGUGGAACAACAGAGGCGGUACAUGAGUUUACGGAUAAUGCAGUGUCUUCUCUGGAUGGUUUGAAUUAUAUGACUUGGACUUCCUUAGUUAAAGGGUAUUGUGCAAGGAAUGAUCUGGAUGGAGCGUGUAAUAGCAUCCGAGAGAUGGUUGCGAAGGAAGGGGGAUCUCGUGCUGGGCAUGCUUUAGAUUUGGUGGUUAAUUCAGACUUUGGGAAAAAAAAUCCACUGGAUGCAUUCAAAUUUGUUGUGGAGAUGGUCAAUGACAAAGGUUUACGUCCUUGGUGUGCAACAUACAAAGCAUUGACGAGCCAGCUGUUGCGAAAAAAGCAUUUCAAUGAAGCUCUGGAUGUCAUGAAUCUGAUGAAGAAUCAUGGAUUUGCUCCAGACUUGGACUCCUUUGUCGAGUAUUUAUCAAGGACUGGGAGUGCUGAAGAUGCUGUUACCUUUUCACUAUCCAUGACAUCCAAACGGCAUCCAUCAAAAUCUGUGUUCAUCCGGUUGUUCGAGGCAUAUUUCAAAGCCGGAAGGCAAAAAGUAGCCCAAGACUUCCUCUCAAGAUGCCCCAGAUACAUUAAGAAUCAUGCUGAUAUCUUGAAUCUUUUUAGUCUUCAAAAAUCUGGUUCAAACAGGACUCCAUCAUCUGCUGCUGUGUAGUAUGUUUGAUGUAACUUGUUUCUUCCUUAGACGCCAUAUCUCGUUCUGUCUUCAAAUUUUGUUGUUUAUUUUGCAUUUAUUUCGUUGAACACAUCUUUUGAUAUGAUUUAAUCGAUAAAGCUACACACCUCAGUUUCUGACA